AUGCGGUGCGACGGGCGGCCCUGGGGUGUGCUGGCAGCUGUCGCCAAAGGGCUCCUCAUCCUCUGGGCAGUGCCGGGCCAGGGGGGCAGGUCCCCGCUGGCCCCCACCGUGCAGCAGACCCAGGCGCUGGUGAGGCUCAUGGCCGAGGAUGCGCUGGAGCUCUUCACUUUCUACGAGAAGGAGCAGCACCUGGCCAUCCACAACAUCUGCCGCACCAGCAACACCCCCGAGUGGCUGCAGAGGCCGGCCAAGGGGCCCUGGGGGCUGCGGAGGCUGCGGAGGCCCAUGAUCCACAUGGACCAGGCGCUGCAGGACAUCAUCCGGCACCAGCGCAACCUCUACCACCCCGAGGCCGAAAUCCUUCGCCGCUUGAGCAGGACCCACCGAAAGGUGCGAGCGCUCCUCAACAACCUGGCGGGGCUCUUCCCGGCCUCCAGCCCCCGGCCCGGCCGCCGACCCCUCCCCAGCCCCGCGGCGUCCCUCAGCAUCUUCCGACAGAAGCUGCAGGGCUGCCAGAUCCUCUGGAGCUACGCCCGCUUCAUGGCCGAGCGCAGCGCUGAGCUGGAGGCCGGGAGCCGCAGGACGCGCCGGGAGAAGGGGAGAUGGCGCUGGGGCUCGGGGCUGCCUGCACACCCCUAG